AUGACCGUAACCAAUUCUUUACAAUCCGACGUUGCGGAUUCGAGACCGGAAUUAAACUUUCUAAUGGACGAAAAGGACCCAAAUGCAAAUAAAAAUGCAACUGAUGACGAUGUCCGCAGUGAUAUCAAUUUGGAGCGAAAGUCAGCUGAAUUGUCAAUUGAUCAUGGUGGUGAGGAGUAUCCUCAGGGGAUGAAGCGAUUCAUUAUCGUUCUAGCUCUCAUUCUUGCGAUUUUUCUUGCAUCUUUGGAUAUGACAAUCGUCGCAACCGCCAUCCCCAGAAUCACCGACGAAUUCCACGGCCUCGACAAGGUAUCUUGGUACGGCGCAGCCUUCUUCAUGACAAACGGUGGCUUCCAGUCCUCAUGGGGCAAAGCCUACAAAUAUUUCCCUCUAAAAACCGUCUUUCUUGCCUGUAUCAUCGUCUUCGAAAUCGGAAGCCUCAUCUGUGCUGUUGCACAAAACUCCACAACACUCAUUGUAGGACGUGCUGUUACCGGAAUCGGUGCUGCGGGUAUUGGUACCGGGGCAUAUACUAUUAUUGCAUUUAUCGCCGAACCUGCGAAGAGGGCUAUGUAUACUGGAUUUGUGGGUAUGUCCUUUGGAUUUGCGUCGGUUCUUGGUCCAUUACUCGGUGGGGCUUUUACCGAUCAUGUCUCGUGGAGGUGGUGUUUUUAUAUCAAUCUACCCAUCGGUGGACUAUCUGCCUUGAUAGUCCUAUUCUUCUUCCAUGCACCUAGCGGUGCAAAGCCAGUUCCGGCUACACUGAAAGAGAAGAUUUUACAAAUGGACUUCGUUGGGGCGUUUAUGAUCAUGGGUGCGAUUACCGCUUACAUGCUGGCUUUACAAUACGGAGGACAAACCAAAGCAUGGAACAGCAGUACAGUCAUCGGAUUACUCGUCGGGUUUGUCUUGAUAUUCGUGGUUUUUGGUAUUUGGGAGUUUUAUCAAGAUGAACGGGCGAUGAUAGUCCCGAGAUUGAUCAAACAGCGAGCAAUCCUCGUCAGCUGUCUUUUUACAUUCUCAUUCGUGGGGUCAUAUUACCUGGUCAUCUACUACCUACCAAUAUACUUCCAGAGUGUUCACGAUGCCAGUCCGACUAUGUCAGGUGUACGGAAUUUACCGUUGAUUAUUUCGGUUACUAUAUCCAUGAUUUUGUCGGGUAUAUUCGUUACUAAGACCGGGAUUACGAAUCCUAUCAAAGUUGUUGGGGCGGUUAUUGCGAUUAUUGCGUCUGGGUUGCUGUAUACCCUUGAUGUUGAUACUUCGGCUGGGAAGUGGAUCGGGUAUCAGGUACUCGGUGGAGUUGGAUGGGGUAUUGCUUUUCAGUUGCCGAUUAUUGUUGGUCAAGCGUACUCUGAUCCGACGAAUGUAUCAUCUGUGACUGCUAUGGUUUUGCUAUUCCAAUGCGUCGGCGGUACUUUCUUCGUGGCUGCCGGUCAAUCUGCAUUUGUUAAUAAACUCCUGGCAAGUCUUCCACAAACACCCGAUAUCGAUCCUAUCAUGGUAGUCGCCACGGGUGCUACUGAGAUUCGGCAUGCGUUUCCUGCACAAUAUGUUGGGGAUAUUGUGGCGGCUUAUAUGGCGGGAAUUAGUGUAUCUUUGGCUAUUCCUAUUGGAGCGGCUGGAGUUGGGUUGAUUGUAUCGCUUUUUGGGAAGUGGAAUCGGAUUAAUGCAGUGGCUCCAGCUGUUGCUGCUUGA